CUCUAUUUCCCAUCAUCAUCACAUCAUUCAUUCCCAUUUUCAAAAUGGGAUUUUUUCAAGCUAUUGCCACCUUUAUCAUCUUCUCACAGUUAUCUGCUAAUUCUAAUAGCUUUGAUUUGACAAAACAAGAGAUGACUUGCAAUAUGUACCAAGGGAAAUGGGUGUAUGAUGACUCCUUUCCUCUCUACAACUCAUCGGCAUGCCCUUUUAUCCGCAAGGAAUUCGAUUGCAUCAAGUAUGGCCGCCCCGAUCACCUCUACCUUAAAUAUAGAUGGCAGCCGAGCAAUUGCCGGUUGCCGAGAUUUGAUGGAGAGUCAUUUUUGAAGAGAUUCAAUGGGAAAAAGAUAAUGUUUAUUGGAGACUCUCUAAGUCUCAACAUUUGGCAAUCGUUGAUAUGCAUGCUUCAUGCUGCUGUGCCAAAUUCCAACAUAAUCAGACAAGAGUUGAACAACAACACCAUUUCUUCCGUUGAAUUCCAGGAUUAUGAUGUGUCUGUGUUGCUGUUUCAUUCACUGUAUUUGGUGGACGUUGAUGAGGAGAAAAUUGGCAGAGUUCUGAAUCUGAACUCAAUGAAGAAUGGGAAUCUAUGGAAGAACAAUGAUGUUUUAGUUUUCAACACUUGGCUUUGGUGGUACCGAAGAGGACCGAAGCAACAGUGGGAUUAUAUCAAAGUGGAAGGGAAGAUAGUGAAAGACAUGGAUCGUAUGACUGCAUUUAGAACAGCUUUGACAACAUGGGCUAAAUGGGUUGAUUCAGAUGUGGAAACUGAUAAAACUAAAGUUAUAUUUCAAGGGAUCUCUCCUUCACACUACCAUGGUUCGGACUGGGGCGAGCCGGGAGUGAAUAAUUGCAUGAAGGAGAUGAAACCAUUCAAUGGAACAGUUUAUCCAGUAGGGUUGCCUGAGGCAGCAUAUGCGGUUAAAGGGGUGAUAAGUGGCAUCAAGAAGCCUGUUCAUUUAUUGGAUAUCACAGCUUUGUCUCAACUGAGAAAAGAUGCGCACCCUAGCUUUUAUAAUGCCUUUAGAGGGAUGGAUUGCACCCAUUGGUGUGUGGCUGGCCUUACAGAUACUUGGAAUGAACUUUUGUAUUUAGCUCUCCUCAGUUUUUAGCAGAUGUGAGAUGAAAUAGAGGCAGUAUAAAUUUGUUAUUAGAAACAUUUGACAAACAAUAAAGAGCAUAAACAAUGAAAAUAUAAUGGAGGGUAUUCCCCAAGAGCAAACCUUAUAAUAAAUAUAACAUGUAUACAUAAGAAUACAAUAGCGUAUUUUCCAUGUAUUGUAUACCUGCAUAA